CGAUGUUAGUUAGUUUUGAGAAUGAAGUAGCCUUAUGUCAUUUGUUUCACAUGUUUUCCAUCCUCUGUGAAUGAGUAUGAUCAUGGAGGUAUGAUCAUGAUGAUUGGGGUUUCCAGGAUAAACAGAGCUGUAGAGAUCUAGAUCAGCCUGUUUGGGCAGUGCAGUAUAACGUAGGAAGUGGUUGUUGGGCCAGGUCUCUGUACUGAUUCCCCAACAGUCGAAGGGUACUGCCAGUUUCCUGUCCGGCUCUCUGGCACGCCGACUAACAUCUUCAGAGAUGUCAACCGAAGGCACCAGCUCAUCGUCAGUGAAUGAUGAUGCCCAGAAACAGAAAGCAGAGUUCAUCAAACAAGAGACCAUUCACCGAGAGAAAUGGCUGUCUCUGGAGAGGAUUACAUACAAGGACCCCAAGGGGAAAGUACGGACUUGGGAAGUUGUUGAGAGAACCACCAAACCUCAGAGGGCAGGAGUAGCUGACGCGGUUGCCAUGGCAACCACCGUGAAGCGGUUACUGCACUACGACUCCAUUUUAUUGGUCCGGCAGUUCAGGCCGCCACUCAGGUGUUGCACAAUCGAGUUCCCGGCAGGUUUGGUGGACAGUGAGGAGACAGUGUCCGAAGCAGCAAUACGAGAACUGAAGGAGGAAACUGGCUACGUAGGAACAAUAACCAGCAUUUCUCCAGUUGUGGGUAUGGACCCGGGUGUUUCUGCUUCAACUCUAAACCUUGUUUUCAUGCAGGUUGAUGGUGAUGACCCAGUUAACCAGAGACCAGUGCCCAAUUUAGAUGAAGGGGAAUUUAUUGAGGUUAUCCAUGCACCUUUGCACGAACUCAAGGAAAAACUAGAUGAACUGAGUGAUGCAGGAGACAUUGUGGAUUCCAGGGUCUAUACCUACGCAGCCACGCUCCAUCAGUGCCAGCACAAAGCAGAGGAUGUAGACCUGGAGCAGCAAAAAGGGCUCUUCAAGAAAUGAUAUCGGCAGACCACUCAUCAUGAGCCAGAUCGGUGUUUCAAAAAUGGCAAGGCUAGUUCAGAACAGAGCACGUGUGCAAGUUGGUGGAUGGGCCCCACUGACCUCGGACUUGCUUCAUUUUGGACAGGCACUAUUGGAAUACCGAACUGGCCCCUUUGUAAGGCUAGAGUGAUGCAGGUCAAGCUUUUGCCAUCUUCCUCUGGUCUCCAAGGGACUGGACCUUAGUGAGAAAUGAUGGAGCCUCAUUAAGAUAGUCGCCAGGGUUAGUUUAUACCAUCUCCUGUUUGUGGGCCAGUAGGCAUUGAUAAGCAUGUAAGUGGGAAGUUAACCUGGCUUCAUAAUGAUUAAUGGUUUAGAGACCGAUGGAUGCUUGCAAUGCCCCACCACUUUGAGAUGGAAACCUACCCUGAUUUUAUUUUACUUGGUUGUGAAUGUAAGAAAUUGAGGAUCAAGUGACUUAUAACAAACUCUUACAGUGAAGGAGACAUUUUGUAUAUGUGCAUUGGGAUUAAUUUUGUCACUCAUUCGAGUGAUUUUAAACACUGAACAAUCGGGACACAGAGGUAGGCUGGGAUCAUUUCAAAUAUCCUUUAAAAUAAAACAAAGUGGACUUUGAAUUGUUUGUUGCACAGACUUGCAUUUACGAGGCCUUAUUGUUUCUUUGCAACCUGUUGCCUAUUUUUGGUAAUAAGUAGGCAGGCUGCCUUAAAAAGCUCCUGUAGUGUUGUGUUUUUUUCUGCCAAUGCUACCAAACAAAGUGAGUUCAGGCUGUUUUCAUGUUUCCGUUCUGCUUCCAUGUGCAUUACAGUUUUUAUUUCAUUUUUAAAUUUUAGCCUUCCAGUACCUUUAGUCACCACCUUUAUUUUGUCAAGUUUUGUUGUUUUUGUUCAGAGAGAUUUUAAACUUGAUGUACACUCAUUAUGCAUACAGCACAGGGAAUUCUUGUCAAGUCAUUACAUUUGACUUUGAUUAUAGAAUCCUAAAUCUGUUCCAGAUUUUAUUUCAGUAAUUUCUUUCGAGAACAUACAUUAUAGUAACCCUUUUUGUAAUCUGCGGCAGAGUUAUGUAAAUAACAUUUAUCAAUGGAUCAUUCCGAUGUGAUAUCCAUUCUGAUGUAGUUAUAUAAAUAAUAUAAUCAAUGACCAUUCUGA